UCGGCUCGCCAGCUUCCAAAUUGGAUUCUGAUCUCAAUUCUCGUGAAUACUCGACGCUCAGAAUAUAAUCGACUACUAAUAUCGUACUUCGAGCAUAUCAUUCGCAGCAGCUCCACACUUGUCGACAACGCUUAUUACAACCCAUAUCAGCUUCCAGCGUUAGAGCAUCAUAAUCAUGCUUUGAGCCAUCUUACUACUAAUUUGAAGGCUGAUAAUAGAGUCCGAAGUGAGGGGGAACUAGAUAAGAUGUUAGGUCAGCUCUCAUGCUGUAUAUCAGACUGCAGUCGUUCAUCAUGGGUCACACACAAAGGAUUCCAAGACAUGAUACGUGCGCGACAAGAGCGUCCCGGUCGAUCAGUUCUCAGUCAGGAAUUGAUGAAUUUCUUAACCGAUAUUUCGCCUUCCACUUGGUCUUGGGCUCGAAUUGCACUUGCGGUCGAUGAUGCGCCAUGCGAUUUACCCAAUAUCAUGAACCCAUAUAUGGGACUCAGUCACUCCUUGUUACUAUUGAUAAACCAAGUCUCUGAGCUUGCAUGGGCUCAGGAAGAUAAAAAAGACCACGUCAUAAUUGUCAAUAUCUUUUAUCUCAAGAAAAUUCUCGAAAAUCUCGACCAAAAGGUUCCAGAUGAGGAUAUUGAUUCCAUAACGAGUUGUGCGGACAUUGCAGAAGUAAAUCGACUCGGUGCUCUUCUUCUUCAUGAAAUUUGCAAGGAUGAUAUUUAUCCUACUUCGUUAUCUUUGAAUGAACAUAAUGACUACGUGGAGCAGAUCUUGGGGUUGAUACUGUCAAAUAAAGCGAGCAUGAUGCGCCGCGGCUGUUCCCUUCUGGCCUCUAUUAUUGGCAGGAUGUUGUGCCCGAAAUGA